AUGCCCGCGCAAGAUGUCGAACCGAUCCUCGUCGCAACUAUGCCCGACGUGCGCCCUCUCGCGUCCAUCCUGCGCAGCGUGAGCUUCAAGCAUCAAGCCACGGUCAAGAUCGGCGUCGAGGGCCUCGUCGUCACCGUCGAGGAAGGGCGCUCGCUCCAAGCCCACGCCUACAUCUCGCGCGACGCCUUCUCGACCUACGACUUCUUCCUCUCGCCCGACAACCCAGCCGCCUACGUCGACGCUCCGGCGCCCCGCUCGUCCGCCUCGCCCGGGCCCUUUUCGCCCUCGCAACCGCCCUCGUCGCCCCCUCCCGCCGCCGGCGGCGGCGCACCUUACUGCCAGCUCACCGUCUCGCUGUCGACCGUGCUCGAGUGCCUCAACAUCUUUGGCAACGCCGGCGGGAGCGCCAACCCGUUCAAGCGCGAGGGCGAGCGGCCGGCCGGUGGCGACGGCGGCGGCGACGACGAGGGGGCGGCAGGUGGAGGGUGGCGGGGCCGGCGUGGGAGAGGCAGGCGCGGCAGUGAGGAUGGCGAGGAGGGAGGGCGGUACGGCAGGAGGGGCGGUGCCGCGCAAGACGACGGCAAGACGACGUCGCUCAGGGUGUCGUACGCCGGCCAGGGCGAGCCUCUCGUCAUGCUGCUUGAGGAGGGCGGCAUCGUGACGCGGUGCGAGAUUACGACCUACGAGCCCGAGGGCCUGCUCGACCUCGCCUUUCCCGACAGCGACAAGUCGGACGGCCUGCGCGACGCCCUCGCCGAGCUGCCGCCCUCGUCCGAAAAGCUCACCUUCUCCUUCUCGCCGCCGUCCGAGACGCACGCCGGCGCUGGCUCGAACGCGCGGUACGGGUCGUUUGCGGGUCGCGGUGCGGGAGGGGCAGACGAGGAGGAGGAGGUGCCCGUCUUUCGGAUCGAGAGCGUCGGGACGAUGGGCAGCACCGAGAUGGACUACGCGGACGACAAGGACGUCCUCGAGGCGUUCGAGUGCGAGCACCCGAUCCGCAAUACGUACACAUUCUCGCACAUUCAGCUCACCAAGCACGCGCUCGCGUCGGCCAUCAAGGUCUCGAUCCGCACCGACCAAGGCGGCCUCAUCUCGCUCCAGUUCAUGAUCCCGCUCUCGCCUCGCGGCGCGAGGGCGAGCGUCGCAGAGGGCAAGAUUGGCUUUGUCGAGUUCCUCUGCGUCCCCCUCGAUGAUUACUGA